UUAGUUUAGUUAAGUUUUGUUAAAUGCGUAGUUUUAUCUUUUUAAUACGUACAUGUGUCUGAGUUUUUUGUAGUUAAAUAAAUGAUUAACAAGCGAUAAAAUAUUUGCUUUAAUUACGUACAUGCGUUAAAGUGUAUAAAAAGAAAGACUUUCAACCACAGUCGUCUUCAAUAAGUCUAGCAUAGUCUCUACGGAAAACAAAAUGUCCCCGUUAUUUCUCUUGCUAGUAGUUGGCAUUGCUGCUGAUCAUCUCUUAGAAAAACCAUACUACGACUUGGACGAUGCUCACAACCUUUUCAAAAACUUCGUCCUGGAAUAUGGCAAAAUAUACGAUCCGGAAGAGUACUUAUACAGGCUAGAGAUUUUCAAGGAAUCUUUAAUAGAAAUUAAUCUACGCAACGCCAUGCAUCCGCAAAGCAUUUAUGAAAUAACUCGUUUUGCCGAUUUGAAAUUUGAUGAACGCUAUGGUCCAAGAAUACUUGAAGAGGAUAUUGACGAAACUGCAAUUGAGCUGCAUUUUCUACCCGAAGAGAUCACAGCUCCCGAGCAGUGGGACUGGAGGGAGCAUGGAGCGGUCGCUCAUGUAAAGAAUCAAGGCAAAUGCGGUAGUUGCUGGAUCUUUAGCGCUACUGGAGCUAUUGAAGGUCAAUACGCCUUAAAACAUAAUCAAAAUCUCGCCUUUUCGGAACAGCAGAGCUUGGACUGUGUAUACUUUAUGGGAAAUAAUUGUCUUGGAGGAUUUCCCGACGAAGUAAUGAAAUACCAUGAAAAAUUUGGUGUAGUACUAGAAAAAGAUUACCCUUAUAAAGCAAAACAAUUAACAUGCCACGAAGAUCCCUCGAAGGUCGUAACCAAGGUCACGAGUCACCAGGUCUACAAGAAAAUAGAUGAGGAAACAUUGAAACAGCUUGUGUAUGAAAAGGGACCUUUGUCUGUAGCUAUAGAUCCGGCUGAUUUACCCUUCCACAAAAAAGGCAUAUUAUACCCUCACUAUUGCUCAAAUUGGGUUAGACACGCAAUGUUGUUAGUCGGAUAUGGUAUUGAAAACGGGACUAAGUAUUGGAUCCUCAAGGACUCUUAUGGUCUUGACAAUGGAGACCAGGGAUUCUUCAAGCUGGUGCGGGGAAUCAACGCCUGUUCCAUGGGAACAACAUAUACUGCUUCAUGUACUGUUGCUUAAUAUAAGUAAUUUAUUUUCAUGGUAUAAUAUGUGUACUAAUAGUAAUGUAAGUAAAAUUUGUAUUUAUUGUAUACAA